UCUCUAUCCCUCUGGGCUCUCUUUGUCCCUUAUCGGCUCACGUUCUAAAAAACUUUCUCGCUCUAGAUGCAGAUUUUCGUUUUCCACCAGCCAAGAAACGGAGAGAGAAACUUCUCAAGCACUAGGAGAAGAGAACCAGAAUCAGUGGCUAUCACUCUCCCACUAGGUACUUCCUUCGAUCUUCUUCACAAGCCCUAGAAUAUAUAGAUUUCAAACUCUCUCUCUCUCUUUCGCCGCUUUGCUUUUUUUGCUUUGCGGCUAGGCUUUUUUUUUUUUUUUUUUCCUUCCUAUUUAUCUCUUUUAUCUAUUUGCGGUGGUUCAAACUUCAAAGCGCUGUGGAGUUUGGGGUUCGAUUUCUGUUGUUGUUGCGGAGGAUAAAAAAAGCCCUAGGAAUUUGAAGGUGUUCUAGCUCUGGUUUUGGCGGUGUAUACGAUCUGGUUCUGUGUGAGAAACCCUAGGGGGUUGGGUUGGUGUUUUGUGGCGUGUGAAAUUAUCGGUUUGGUUUUGAGGGUUAGUUGUGGCUGCCCAUGCGAUUGGGUUGGUUUUCAUGCCGCCGGAGCCAUUGUCUAGUGAUCGGAAGGAGAGGAAGCACGAUAGGUCGUCGGAGUCGCUAGGGUCCGCCGCGAGAUGGAGGGGGGACUCGUCCUAUCACGGAUCGCGUGAGUUCUAUCGUGGAGGAUCCGCCGAGUUUCGCAGACCAACAGGUCAUGGUAAGCAGGGUGGUUGGCACAUGUAUACCGAAGAAUCUGGACAUGGGUAUGUGCCUUCUCGGUCGGGUGACAAGAUGCUGGAAGAUGAGGGUUGCAGGCUGUUGUUUUCGCGUGGAGAUGGAAAAUAUGGCAGGAGCAGUAGGGAAAACAGAUUUAGUCAGAGAGAUUGGAAAGGCCAUUCCUGGGAAAGUGGCAUUGGGUCUCCAAAUACGCCCGGGAGGCUGGUUGAUGCGAGUAAUAAUGAUCUGAGGUCAGUGGAUGAUAUGAUAACAUGUUCGUCUCACCCUAACUCUGACUUUGUGAAUACGUGGGAUCGGCUUCACUUGAAAGACCAACCUGAUAAGAUGACUGGUGUCAAUGGGUUGGGCACAGGACAGAGAUAUGAUAGAGAGAACUCACUGGGCUCGGAUUGGAAGACACUUAAGUGGAGCCGCUCUGGAAGCUUGUCUUCACGGGGUUCAGGUUUUAGCCAUUCAAGUAGCUCGAAGAGCAUGGGGGGUGUGGAUUCCAAUGAAACGAAGGCCGAUGUACAGCAUAAAAAUGCGACUCCUAUUCAGUCCCCUUCGGGAGAUGCUGCGGCUUGUGUGACAUCUGCUGCACCGUUUGAAGAAGCCACCUCUAAGAAGAAGCCGCGACUUGGAUGGGGUGAGGGACUGGCAAAGUAUGAGAAAAAGAAAGUUGAAGGCCCUGAUGUUAGUGUGAACAAAGAUGGGGCUCUCAUUUCUACUUGUAAUACGGAACCCAUCCAUUCUUUUGUUUCAAACAUGGCUGAAAAAAGCCCCAGAGUCACAGGUUUUUCAGAUUGUGCAUCACCUGCAACUCCAUCGUCUGUUGCGUGCAGCUCGUCACCAGGUGUGGAGGAUAAAUCUUUUGGCAAGGCAGCAAAUAUUGAUAAUGAUAUUAGUAACUUAUGUGUUUCACCUAGUCCUGUUUCUCAAAAUCAUCUUGAAGGUUUUCCUUUUAAUUUAGAGAAGUUAGAUACAAACUCAAUAUCUAAUUUGGGGUCUUCACUUGUUGAAUUGUUGCAACCCGACGAUCAAAGUUCAGUGGAUUCAAGUUAUGAGAGGGGCACUGCUAUCAAUAAGUUACUAAUAUAUAAAGGUGAAAUUUCAAAGGCGCUGGAGUUGACUGAGUCUGAAAUUGAUUUACUUGAAAAUGAACUUAAGUCAUUGAAGUCUGAAUCUGAAAGUGUUGACCCUCGUCCAGCUGCAUCCAGUUCUUUGCCAGUGGAGAACAAUGCAAAACCCUGCAAUGAGCAGGAUGCUGUCUCCUGUUUGAUUCCUAGACCUGCACAAUUGCAUGUUGUUUCUUUUGGGGAUACAGUUGCGGAGAAGAUGCCUCUUUGUAAUGGUGCCUCAGAAGAAGUUCAUGCAGCUCUUAAGGAUGAUGAUAUGGAUAGUCCAGGAACUGCAACAUCCAAGUUUGUGGAACCUCUUUCUUUGGUGAAAGUAGUCUCUUCACCUGAUAAGGUGGAACAUGGUGAUUCUUCAAGUAAUUUGGAUGCGAUUCAAUUUCAGUCUGGAGAUGUGGAUGUGAAAUGCUCUGUGGAUGUGGAUGUGAAAUGCUCUGUGCCUAGUUCAGGUUGGGAUAACACUGGUGCUCUUGUUUCCAAUGAGGUGAGCCCAGAUACUGAUGGAGAAGAGGCCUUAUGUGAUUUAAUAUUGGCUUCCAACAGAGAAUGUGCAAGUAGAGCAUCUGAAGUGUUCAAAAGGCUAUUGCCCAAUGAUCAAUGUAUGACCGAUAUUUUUCAAGCUGCCAAAUUCUCUUCCUGUCAGGAUUCUUCUUUAAUCAAAGAAAAAUUUGUUAGGAGGAAGCAGUUUUUAAGAUUUAAGGAGCGGGCUAUUACCCUCAAGUUUAAAGCAUUUCAGCACCUUUGGAAGGAAGAUAUGCGAUUACUUUCUGUAAGGAAACACCGUCCAAAAUCUCAGAAGAAAUCUGAGUUGAGCUUGCGGACAACACACAAUGGGAAUCAGAAGCAUCGGUCUUCCAUUCGCUCUCGUUUUUCUUCUCCUGCAGGAAAUCUGACCCUGGUCCCGACAACAGAGAUAAUCAAUUUUACAAGCAAGCUACUUUCAGAUUCCCAAGUCAAAAUUUACAGGAGCGCUUUGAAAAUGCCAGCCUUAAUUUUAGACAAGAAGGAAAAGAUAGUCUCGAGGUUUAUCUCUAGUAAUGGAUUAGUUGAAGAUCCUUGUGCUGUUGAGAAAGAACGGGCGAUGAUCAAUCCAUGGACAUCUGAAGAGAAAGCGAUUUUCAUGGAAAAAUUAACCAUUUUUGGGAAAGAUUUCAGGAAGAUUGCUUCUUUUCUUGACCACAAGACAACCGCAGAUUGUGUGGAGUUCUACUACAAAAAUCACAAAUCUGAUUGUUUUGAGAAAACAAAGAAGCAGGAUUGUAGUAAGCAAGCGAAGUCCUCUACCAAUACCUAUCUGCUGACAGGGAAAAAGUGGAAUCGUGAGAUGAAUGCUGCUUCGCUUGAUAUGUUGGGUGCAGCUUCAAUGAUGGCAGCUUGUGCUGACGAUCAUACGAGGAAUCGACAGUCAAAUGCUGGAAGAGUGUUUUUGGGUGGAUACAGUGAGUCCAAAACAUUAUGGGGUGAUGAUGGCAUUUUAGAAAGGUCUGGCAGUCUUGAUAUUCUUGCGAAUGAGAGAGAAACAGUUGCUGCUGAUGUUCUAGCUGGUAUAUGUGGGUCCCUGUCAUCGGAGGCAAUGAGUUCUUGCAUCACAAGUUCUGUUGACCCUGGAGAAAGCUUUCGGGAAUGGAAGUGUCAAAAAGUGGACUCUUUGAUAAAGCGGCCUUUGACACCUGAUGUUACACAGGAUGUCGAUGAUGAGACUUGUUCCGAUGAGAGCUGUGGGGAGAUGGAUCCUUCUGAUUGGACAGAUGAGGAGAAGUCUAUCUUCAUACAGGCGGUGUCAUCUUAUGGUAAGGAUUUUGUGAUGAUUUCACGUUGUGUGAGAACAAGAUCACGGGACCAAUGCAAAGUUUUCUUUAGUAAGGCCCGAAAGUGCCUUGGACUAGAUUUGAUGCAUCCUGGGCCUAGAAAUGUGGGAGCACCUGUAAGUGAUGAUGCUAAUGGAGGUGGAAGUGACACUGAAGAUGCUUGUGUUGUAGAGACUGGCGAGACUGGCUCAGCCAUCUGUUGUAAUACGUCUGGCUGUAGACUUGAAGAGGACUUGCCCUUGUCCAAUGUCAACAUGAACCAUGAUUCUGAUCCUGCUAAGGUUGUGAACUUGCAAUCUGACUUAAACAGGUUACAGGAAAACAAUGGGAUGGAAUAUAUGGGCCAAGAAGUUGUUGAGGCUGUAGACACUUUGGUUCCUGGUGCAGGUCAGACAGAGGAUAGGCCUGAGCUAGUUGUUCAUGCUGAAAAUAAUAUUAUGGAUGGUGUUAAAAACCAGUCUGACUUGGUGCAUUCUGAGAAGACUGCAGUCGUCUUGGCCCAUAAUGAGAUUGGAGGAGAUCAAGUGAUUGAACAGGGUAUUCCGAUUGCGGAACCAGUUUCUGUUGAAGAAGCAGUUGACUCUGGUCCAUUUUCAGAUGCUUUGGUGGAGAAUAGAGCUGUUGCUUCUGAGGGAUUCGAAAAUGAAUUAAAGAGGCAAGAAUUGCCAGAAAGUAGUUUGAAUGGACAAGAUGAGAAAUGCAAUGCAGAUACAAGUGGCUUGCAAUGCUCAAUACAAGAUUCAAAUACAACAGGAAAUGCUUCUCUCCAGGCUGCUGAUGGUUCUUGUUCUGGUUUCACUCUCAAACCUGAAUACCAGCAGCAGAUUUCAUUGGAGUCAGAAUAUAUGGAAAAACCUCAUGUCUCUUUGCCUCAACAGAAUUCUCCUACUACUGCAACUUCUGUGUCCCAAGAUUCUGCUGCCAUCUCAUGUGAUACUAGGUUGUCAUCAACGCUUGAUUUUCAUGGGAACAGGGACAAGCAUUCUCUGAAAUCUGUUCACCAGCAUCUGCCAGGUCAUGCUUUAUUUGAUCACGUUGAAUCCUCCCAGAUUUUAAGGGGCUAUCCAUUGCAGAUUUCAAAGAAGAAAGAGAUGAAUGGUGAUGUUAGUUGUAGAAACCUUUCUGAAAUUCAAAACCUUUCAGAGUCAGAGAGGAAUAUCUCCACUCGAUGCAUGACACAGGAUUGCUUUCUUCAGAAAUGCAGCAGUUCAAAACCUCUCAGCUCAGUGGCUGAACUUCCACUUCUGUCCCAAAAGAGAGAGCAAACUAGUGACCAUUCAAGAGCUCGUUCACGAAGUUUGUCAGAUGCAGAUAAACCAUGCAGGAAUGGUGACGUAAAACUUUUUGGCCAGAUACUUAGUAAAACAGCUUCCACACAGAAGUCAAAUUCUAGUACCCGUGAGAAUGAGGAAAAGGGGGUGAAUAAUCCAAAGUCAAGCAGCAGCUUGUCUAAUUUAAAAAUUUCUGGCAUCCCCAAUGUUGAUGGGAGUUCAGCUCUCCUGAAGAUUGAUGGUAAUAAUUAUCUGGUUGAGCCAAUGAGUUGCUUUUGGGAUAGGAAUAAAAUACAAUCUGGAUUUUCAUCUUUUACUGAUUCUGCGUUCUUGUUGGCCAAAUAUCCUACUGCUUUUGCCAGUUAUCCUGUGCCAUCUCCCAAGAUAGAGCCGCUGCCACCUUCGCAGUCAGUUGUUAAGAGUAAUGAACGAAAUGUGAAUGGUGUAUUGCCAGUUUUUCCAUCGAGGGAAAUAAGUAGCAGCAAUGGAGUGAGGGAAAUAAGUAGCAGCAAUGGAGUGGCUGAUUAUCAGGUGUAUAGGAGUCGAGAGGGUGCGAAAGUGCAGCCAUUCACAGUAGAUAUGAAACAGAGGCAAGAUAUAUUCUCUGAGAUGCAUAGACGAACUGGGUUUGAAGCAGUGUCGAGUUUACAGCCGCAGGGAAGGGGGGUGGUUGGAAUGAAUGUAGUGGGAAGGGGAGUUCUUGUUGGGGGACCAUGCACAAGUGUUUCCGAUCCGGUGAAAGCCAUUAAAAUGCACUUUGCUAAUUCUGACCAGUAUGGUGGGGGGCAGAGUGGGAGCAUAAUUAGGGAGGAGGAAUCCUGGAGAGGUAAGGGGGACAUAGGCAGGUAGUAGAUGCAUUUCGAGGGCCUCUUCUUGCAGGAGAAGAGGAGAGGGAGGCUCUCACUGGCAAAAAUAUCUUUCUUUUGCCGCACCCUGUAUAAUAGUUUUUGUAUUGUUCAAUUAAAAUGAUAGGGGCAAUGGACGGUUCUCAAAAAGUCCGUCUUUUUGGUAAAGUAUUUUAGGUGGUUGUAAUAUUCCCAGUAGCUUUAUAUUUGUUGUAUUUGAUGAUGGAAAUACAGAAAAAUAAUCCGUGCAAGAUAGGAGGGGCAGUUUCAAUUUCUGAUCUGA